CCCUGUCUGCCUUCUGGCUGGGCCAAUGGGCCAUGGUAAUUAGAUCUGGCCAGUGUGGGCCCUGGGCUCUGGACUGGGGGCAUAUAAAGGGGGGCCCAGGGCAACAGACCCCUCAUAUCACUCAGAGGUCUCCUCUCCCACCCCACGCCUCUGCCAUCCAUCCAUCCUUUCUUUCAGACAACCAGCCAUGGACCUCUUCUCACCAUGCCAGGUCUUCUUCGACAGGGCGUGCGCCUCGUCUCCAGACAGCCUGGAGUUCAGCGCCGGCGCGGAGCUCGCCGGCUCAGAGGAGGACGAGCACGUCAGGGUCCCCGGAGCCCCUCACCAGCCGGGACACUGCCUCCAGUGGGCCUGCAAGGCCUGCAAGCGCAAAUCCAGCUUCGUGGACCGCCGGCGGGCCGCUACCAUGCGGGAGCGCCGCCGGCUGAAGAAGGUCAAUCACGCUUUCGAGGCGCUGCGGCGCUGCACCUCAGCCAACCCCAGCCAGCGUCUGCCCAAGGUGGAGAUCCUGCGUAACGCCAUCCAGUACAUCGAGAGCCUGCAGGAGCUGCUGCGGGAGCAGGUGGAAAACUACUACGGCCUCCCUGGAGAGAGCGGCUCAGAGCCCGGCAGCCCGCUGUCCAGCUGCUCUGAUGGCAUGACUGGAAGCAACAGUCCUGUGUGGCAACAGCUGCAUGUAAACUACAGCAGCGGUUAUUCUUAUGCUAAGGAUGAAAAUUCCGGCACUAAGGAAGCCGGCGCCUCCAGUCUGGAGUGUCUGUCCAGCAUCGUGGACCGCCUGUCCUCGGUGGAAUCCGGCGGCCCGGUGGCCCUCAGAGAGACGACCACUUACUCCCCCAGCGGCUCCAACUCACAGCCCUGCACACCAGAAAGUCCUGGAUCCAGACCCGUCUAUCACGUCCUGUGAAGGGAAAAUUACAUUCCCGAAGACACCAGAAGUACUUUUGUGCAAAUCUGCAGGAGAACGUGGCACCAACCAGCUUUUUUUUUUUAAUGUACAUAAGACUGUAAAUAAGUGAUGUAAAUGCCCAUUUAUUAUAUUCAUUCUUAGACUCAUUAAAAUGUAUUUAAUAAUGAAAUGUUGCUAAUUCGC